AUGACGGACCUCCGUCAUGCGCUCAACAAAAUAUUGAAAGAUAUCAUCAACCGAAAUAAGCUGUUGCACGGUUUCCGGAUCAACUAUCUCCCUGGUUUCGAUUGUCAUGGUUUACCCAUAGAGCUCAAAGCCAUACAGCGAAUUCGCGCCACCCAUCCUGAUACCGAAUCACUCGAUUCAGUCCAAACUCGCGAUGCUGCUCGGGCAACAGCGAUGGAAGGUAUUGAACUGCAAGCGAUGCAAUUUGAUCGUCUAUCUAUACUAACAGAUUGGGAGAAAGCAUGGCGGACACUGGAUCAUGAUUACGAAAUCAAACAGCUCAAAGUGUUUGCUCAAAUGGUCAAGAAUCGCCUUAUCUCCCGGCACCGGAAACCUGUCCAUUUCUCACCAUCUUCAGGAACCGCCCUAGCUGAAGCUGAAAUCGAAUAUCGAGAUGAUCAUCUGAGUCGUUCAGUUUACGUGGCAUUCGAUAUUGUAAAUCCUUCGUCCGCUUUACAAGCGAUCGUAGCACAAUUCGAUUUCACUGCAAAGCUCAAAGCUGUCGUAUGGACCACAACUCCAUGGACUCUGAUAGCUAAUCAGGCGGUUGUAAUCAGCAAGUCGGCGCGGUAUUCUCUCGUGAAACUCUCUUCCGAUCACUCAUCAUCCGAUGCGGAAGUCGUGAUAUUUGCAACUGAGCGACUCCCGGCCCUCAAGGAACUUCUCUCAGAUGGAUCGCUGAAGCUGGAAGUCGUUGGCGAACUUAGUGGCGAGGAGCUAGAAUCGUCCACGUAUCACCACGAUUAUAACCCUUCAGAACUCCCAAUCUUCAGUGCAAAGCAUGUCACGGUCGAGAGUGGAAGUGGACUUGUACAUACCGCGCCAUCUCAUGGGCUGGAAGAUUUCUAUGCAUACACCGACUUCAUGAAAACUCGGCGGCCCUCAGAGACCUUUCCUUUGAUCGAGGUUGUUAAUGACGAAGGCAAAUUCAAUGUGCUAUACUCCGUUGAAACCGACCUGCCGUUAUUAACCUAUGAAUCUGUCGAGUGGAUUAUCGAAGUUUUAAGACUGCGAGGUACUGAUCAUUGGUGGAAAGGACCCGUUGAAGACUUUAUCCCACCUGGCACUUCAGGCAAAUUCAAGAAGGGUACCGACGUGAUGGAUGUAUGGUUCGAUAGCGGCGUGUCCUGGCUGACUUCCGACGGGGCCCCAGCCGACAUGGUAUUGGAAGGAUCUGACCAACAUCGAGGAUGGUUCCAGUCCCAGAUGCUCACUUUCAUCGCUGCGAGUCCGUCGCACCAACACGAUAAUCCGGUCUACAAAUCAGUUGUCACUCAUGGUUUCACGCUAGAUAAGCAUGGUCGAAAGAUGAGCAAAUCAAGUGGCAACGUGCUUAGUCCACUCGAGUUAAUUAAUGGAGAUGAAACAAAAAAGCAGCCUGCAUUUGGGAUUGAUGUUCUUCGGUUUUGGACGGCCUCAGUGGAUUUCAGCAAAGAUGUGACGAUCGGGGUCGAUCAACUUUCACGGCUCUCAGAUGCUGUUCGGAAAAUUAGAUCUACUGCUCGGUUCUUACUUGGUAAUGUGUAUCGAGAUGGAAAUGUCAAGUCGAGUAAAGAUGGCUUACCUCGCGACGAUUUUGGGCUAAUCGAAAGAUACAUGCUACACCUUCUCUACGAGUUCCAGCACUCAGUCCAACGUGCUUACAACGAACUUGAUUUCAAGCAAGUGGUACAGCUUGUCAUAAGCUUCACAACGAAAACACUAUCGUCAUUUUAUUUCGAAACGGUCAAAGAUAUACUUUAUAACAAUGCUCAGGGGGAUCUGGAACGUCAACGCGUGCUUGAUUUGAUGUUGAAAAUCCUAGAUAUCUACAAACUCGCUAUUGCUCCGAUCUUAACCCAUCUAGCUGAAGAAAUUGCAACACAUCAACCCUCUUUUGUUCCUUCUAACACGUCUCACCCUGCCAGUGUCUUCGAAGAAUGCUGGCCACCAUUGUGCGAGGACUGGAAAGACUCAAAGAUUGCUAACAAGAUGGAAUUCUUAAUUUCUAUAAGAGAUUCGAUCAUGCGUGAAGCAGAGGUCUUGAGACAAGCUAAAAAACUUCGCUCUUUGGAAGAAGUUGAAUUGGUGCUUGAUAUUUCCGGGGCGAUCGGGAAUUCACCAAACGAAAUGGCAGAGACUUUGGUAAAGCAUGAUAGCUUACUACCCCGCUUGUUUGGGCUGUCAGAUGCAUCAGUCUGCAAGACUGCCAAUGUGACCAACACGGUCCUUAAUAUCGCUGCCCCGGCUUGGCAACAUCCAUUCGAAUUCAGAUUCGAUGAUCGUCAAGACUUGAUCAUUAAACUGUUUAUUGUUCCUGCCUGGAGGUCGAAAUGUCCCCGAUGCUGGAAGUUCACGGCAGAGGAAGGUUGUCCGGUUUGUGUUCGAUGUGCAGAAGUCUUGACAACACCGCCACCAUAA